AUUUCAGAGUUUUAACACCUAAAAAAAAGGAAGCAAAUGUGUUUAUGAAUAUGUUUUAAUGAAUCAUAUAACGAUCCUAUAUUAAAUUUUAAAUAGGAAUUAGCAUUUAAGAUGAUUGCUAAAUUAGUAACUAUAAUCUACUACAUAUUUGAUAAUUCACAUUUUCCCAAAAAUGUUUUGUAAUAAUAUUGUUUUGCAUCUGAAAAUUAUAUUGAGCUCAAACGUCUAAAAAAAAACUCGUGGGUAUGAUUUGUAACAUAGAAUACUACUAGUAUUCUUUUAAUUCUUCAUUACAUGGUUGGCACAUGGGAUGGGUCUCCGAUUUCAAAAAGAGGAUACGCGUCGUCUCGUUUAUUUGCGAAGUUUGCUGCUUUGAUUUUCUCUCCUCAUCAUUUCCAUUGAAAGAUCUAGAACCUCCAUCACGCACUUCAAUUGCACAUCCAAUUUAGGCUUUUUCUUCACAUCGCAAUUCAGAGCCAGCUCCAAUCGGGACGAAGCAGGGGAUGGCUGCAGAUUCUAAGAACGACGUUAAAGAGUCUACCACAUCGACAGAUGCUGAGAUAAAAACAAAAACCAUGAAGAAGAAGAAAGGAUUGUUCUCAAGAUUGUGGGGUGCAAUAUUUAGAUUACAUAGGGAUGAUUUUGAAAAGAGAUUGCAAUAUAUAUCCAAAGAAGAGGCCGCUAUUCUUUCAAGGAUUACAAGACGUUCAAAUAGCUGGCGGAGAAUGACUAGGCACCUGAUGUUAUUCUCAGUUCUUUUUGAGGCGAUUGCCUUAGGUUAUGCUAUCAUGUCCACUAAGUCUUUAGACUUGGACUGGAAAAUGAGGGCAUUGCGAGUCUUACCAGUGUUUUUGCUACCGGCAUUAUCUUCCAUUACUUACUUCACACUCAGAAGCUUCACAAGGAUGUUUGACCAGAAAGACAAUAAGACACUUGAAAAGCUUCGAGCUGAGAGGCAAGCAAAAUUAGAUGAACUGAAAGAGAAGACAAAUUAUUAUAGUACUCAACAGCUGAUACAGAGGUACGACACUGAUCCAGCUGCCAAGGCUGCUGCUGCCACAGUGCUGGCGUCCAAGUUGGGUGCAGAUUCUGGUCUGAAACUAUAUAUGGAAGAUGUAGCUACUGGAAAGAGCAAUGACCUGGAAGUUGCAAAGACUAGUGGACUACGAAAUAGAAAACCAUCCCCCACGAAUAAUAGUCCGAGAAGUGCAUCCACACAUCAUACUGGGGAAGAAAUUUCCAACCAUGUGGGAUUUGAGGGUACUACCAUGUCCCAGCAACAUCAGAUGGUUGUAGAGCAUCACCAGCAAGCAGGUUCAACUCAGGAUGGAGGAUGGAUUGCUCGAUUUGCUGCUUUACUUGUGGGAGAGGACCCCGCGCAGUCAUAUGCACUAAUAUGUGGAAACUGCCACAUGCACAAUGGUCUGGCAAGGAAAGAAGAAUACUCGUACGUUACAUACUAUUGCCCACAUUGCAAUGCCUUGAACCAACCAAAACACUCUGAACGCGUCUCUGGUUCAACCACGCGUUCGACCUCACCUACCAUGGCGUCCUCAGUUGUGGAGGAGACUGAUGUUGUACCAAAUGCUGGUGGUUCAACAGGGGAGACAAUUGCUGCAAGCGGUAGCGCUGUAGCUGCAGUGGAUGCGAUUUCUGGAAGCUAAGCUUGUGCUUUUUGGUUGAGUAGACGACCACAUAUGUGGGAUUUAAUAUACAAAUUGCAGGGUGAUUAGGAAUUAUUUCACCCAAUGCGAGAGGUUACCUUUCAUUCUCUUUAUACAACUAUUCGUGUUGUAAACGUAACUUGAGAUGCGGAGUUAUAUAUACAGUUUUGUCA